AUGAUAUUGUAUUUGCCACCUUGUCUUUUAUUAACUGCUUCAUUAACUGCUUUAUUAACUGCUUCUCGUAAUUCAUUACCUGCUUCAUUAACUGCUUCAUUAACUGCUUCAUUAACUGCUUUAUUAACUGCUUUAUUAACUAUGGCUUCAGGCGACGAUCCUCCUCGUAAAUCAUUUGCCUCAAAGUUCCGCCGGAAGAAGAUUACGACUAGCAGAGUACCCACACAGACUGAGGUAGGUGAGGGGCCUUCAGUUGCACCAGAUCUACCUACACCACCACCGCCACCACCUGCCAGGAGCCAGCAGCCUUCACCAGAGCAGGGUCAGGGACAGUUAGAUCCACCUCUUGUUGCACCUCCAUACUUCCCUGGCCACUUCCCUCCCAGCUCGACGAGUCCUCGCUUCCCCUCUCCAGAUCAGACACAUGCUUCUCCAUUCUAUCCAUAUUACCCCCCACCAUCAUCACAGGCUGCUGGUCCAUCCACUGGUCCUCACCCUCCUUACCCUUACCCAUAUUACUACCCCUAUCCGGUGCAGCAUGAACAGGGUGGACCAUCACGACCACCAGAGGUUGGCGCUACCGAUCCUGCAACAGCAACAGAUAAGCGUCAAUACAUCGAGCCUGACGGCGAUAAGUAA